GGACGCGCGACCACACUCAAUACUGUCCACGCGACGUUCAUUAUGACAGCGGUAUACUUCGAUUGGCUGGAUUACCUUGUCUUUGGAGGGAUGCUAUUCCUAUCAGCCCUCAUAGGAGUGUACUUCGCAUUCUUUGCUCCGAAAAAACAGAAUACAACUGCCGAAUAUCUUAUGGGUGGGAAAACAAUGGGUAUGUUCCCUAUAUCGAUGUCACUCAUUGCCAGUUACAUUUCGGGUAUUUCGUUGCUUGGUAUGCCAGCAGAAAUGUAUACAUAUGGUACACAGUUGUGGACUGUAAUACUGUCAGAGUGGGCCGUCUCUCUUACAAUCUCUGUUGUUUACUUACCAGUAUUCUACAAUUUACAAAUCACUUCGACAUAUGAGUAUUUGCGGCUCAGAUUUAAUCAAAACGUACGUCUUCUAGGAUCCAUCAUAUUUAUUAUCAAAAUGAUGUUAUAUAUACCUAUAGUCAUCUAUGUUCCUGCAUUAGCUUUUAGUCAAGUCACUGGUAUCAAUCUACAUUUAAUUAGUCCCAUCGUCUGUAUUGUGUGCAUUUUCUAUACGACAUUAGGAGGACUUAAAGCUGUUGUAUGGACUGAUACUCUGCAAACAGUGCUCAUGUAUUUUGGUGUGAUUUUCGUUCUGGCCUAUGGUACAUGGAGACUUGGUGGUGUAGCUGAAGUUAUUGCCAUUAACAAAAAAGGAGAUCGACUCGAUUUUUUCAAUAUGGACCCUGAUCCCACAAUACGACAUACAUUUUGGUCAACAGUAUUUGGAAAUUAUUUUGGGUGGCUAGCAUCAUGUUCAGUAAACCAAGCCAUGGUCCAACGAUGUCUGGCAUUAUCAUCUCUAAAAAGAGCUAGAAUAACAAUCUUUAUAAUGGCAGCGGGAAUCUUCAUCAUCGUCUCUUUAUGUUGUUAUACUGGUCUUGUUAUCUACGCUACAUUUGCCGAUUGCGAUCCUCUAACAACUAAAGCGAUUAGAAAGAGUGAUCAACUACUACCUUACUUCGUAAUGACCAUAACUGGUUCAUUACCAGCACUGCCAGGAAUUUUCAUGAGCGGAGUUUUCAGCGCUGCAUUGAGUUCCAUGUCAACCGGGUUGAACUCCAUGUGUGGUGUAAUUUUCGAAGACCUUAUCAGGCCGGCGUAUAAUAAACCAAUCUCAGAAAGAACAGCAAGUUUUAUUAUGAAAAUCAUAGUUGUUGUUAUCGGUGCGGCUUGUGUAGCCUUAGUAUUUUUAGUUGAACAUAUGGGUGCUCUUAUACAGGCUGGUAAAAGUUUGGCAGGUAUUACAGCCGGAAGUCUCCUUGGAUUAUUUUCUAUGGGACUUUUUCUUCCUUGGGCCAAUGCAACGGGUGCACUGGUUGGUGGAAUUACAUCAACGUUUCUCGUCGGUUGGAUUUCCCUGGGUACUCAAGCUUCUAUGAUGCGCGGUGAUAUUGUCGUCGUAUCAAAACCUGUAUCCAUUUCUGGUUGCUUGGAAAAUGUUACAGAACUGUCCACUCCUGCGCCAACACUUAAUUUAAGCAACGUGGAAUUUGAUCGAUCCGGCACAUUCUUCCUAUAUAGAUUGAGUUAUCUGUAUUACACAUUCGUUGGAAUGGUCGUUUGCAUCUUCGUGGGAAUAGUAGUUUCAUACUUUACCCAACCCAAUGAUCCUGCUUUGGUUCACAGAGAUCUGUUGACGCCGGUGAUACAUCGUUGGCUUCCAAAACAGCAUCCUCAUUGCCGGAGACCACGUCUGACUCAGCACGACAUUGAACUUCAUGCCCGAGAAUUGGAUCACUUGCGCACGAACACACCAUACACGAAAGUCAACGACAAGCGGGAGGACCUCAGAGUAACUAGAAGUAGUAGUAAUAAAAAUGUGCCAAUAAUCUAAUACAAACAAAUG